GCUAUAUAAGCACGGAAAAGGUUGUACUUUGGCAGAACUACCACAUUUAAUAACAUGGAAGGGGUUCAUAUUAUUCGAUUUUUUGGAUUGUUUGCACUUCUUGUAAGUGCGAUGGCGUCGUUAGAGGAAGAUACUUCCAUUGAGGUUUCAUCAUAUGAAACUUCCACCGAAAAUACGGAGAUUCCUACGACAACGUUGCCAACACCAGUCCUGUGUGAUGAUGGAGAUUUAUUUCUUCCAGGACCUGACUGCAGGCAGUACUAUCAAUGCGUGUACGGUGAGGGAAUUUUGAAAAUAUGCCCCGACGGGCUAUAUUGGGAUCCUGAACUAAAUGUGUGCGCCUGGGACUCGCAGUACUGCAGCGACGAAGGAAACGAGACCACAGAGUCUCCAUCAUUGAACUGUGCAUCGGGAUUGCCAUUUUUACCCUAUCCGCCCGAUUGCACCAAAUUCAUCCAGUGUGUUUAUAAUAUUGGGUUCAAACUGAGCUGUCCAAACGGACUGUACUGGAACCAACCUCUUCAGGCGUGUGACUAUACUUGCGACAAUGGAAUCGAACUCUCUGAUGACUACUAGGUGCAAUAACCGCCAUUAAAUGAGGUAGUAUUUCGUUACACACGAAAAAUGUAUACACAUAAUAAACAAAAUAAAGGGAAAUCAUUGAACGUAAUUGGUUUUCAGUAGACGGCA